AUGGCAAAGGUCUUUAUUGACAAUAUAAAUACCUAUAUAGGGCAAUCACUUCUUGAAGAGAUUUUAAAUCAAGACCCAGUGCCGAAUAUUUGUGCAACCCUAAAUCCUUCGUUUCCUAUAGGCUCAUAUCCAGGGAUUUCAAUUCUUGAAGUAACUUCCAUAUAGCGACAUGAUAAUUUGUCAUUUAAUGCUGCUUUACUUGAAUGCGACAUAGUUAUCUAUGUAUUUUUUAAUUUUAUUUUCAUUUAAAGAAUUAUUUUUUUAUAAAUUUUUUAUAGCAUUAUCUAUGAUAUGCACACAGCAGAUCUUAAUGAGCUUCAAGACAAAGCCAAAAUCAUUGAUGCUUAUCAUGCUGCUAAGCCCCGCACUCUUAUUGUAAUUUCAAGUGUUAUGACAUGGGGUGCUACAAUUCCUAAACAAGAAGAAAUGACACCUGAAGACAUUGAAGAGCUGAAAGAGCAGCUUGGAGAAGACAUUACAGAAGAAAAUAUCCCAAAAUUCAAAACUGUGCCAUAUGAGGAAUCUGAUUACAAAAAAAGAAAAGCUCCAGAAAAAUAAGCUUCUGAUAUUUGUAUAUUCCAUAUAAGUAGGCCAAAUAUCUUGAUGCAAAAAUUGAAUAGCCUACUUUCUUUAGAAAUUAAGGUUCUGAGUAUUCAUCGUUUAGCUAUUUUUCUUAAAUUUAGAUUAUUAAUUUUUAAAAACAAAUACUAAAAAUGGCUAAUUUAUUUGAUAAAAAUAUACAAAACAUGGAAAGGAAUUGAAACUUUAGUCCUUAGCAUAGGCAUGAAUAAGCCUGAUCUUAGCAUCUAUGUAAUAGCAAGCGGAAUUUUAUAUGGAAACGGCGAAUGGCUCUUAAAUUACCACUUUAGGUCUGCAUGGCUCGAAAACCCUGAAGAGCUCCCCUAUAUCGGCUCAGGUGAAAAUUUGGGUUGCAUAAUAUUUGCUCUGCACGUUUUGGUAUUGAAGCAUUCUCUAGAUAAUUUUCCCAAAAAAAUCCUUGCUAGUCAUUACCAGAAAUAGCACUAAAUAUCUGAUAGGAAACAAUUUAAUCAUAUAUAUUUUCUAUGAAAUGUUGCAUAAGUAAAAGUGUAGAACAAAUGCAUGAACCAGAAAAUUUCAUUCCAAUGAUCCACGUAAAAGAUCUUGCUCGUAGCGUAAAAUUUGUCCUCCAAACAAAGCCGCAAGUGCAUUACAUUUUUGGUAUUGAUAACGCUAAAUCUCAGCUUCAAAAAGAUCUAGUUUCUUCUAUAUCAAAUGGUAUUGGAACAGGCAAAAUUCGUAGUGUCAGCUAUGAAUCGGUAAAAAACGAAGAAUGGAGUGAAGCCUUUUGCCUUAAUUGCAAGCUUAAGCCUUCGAAAGUUCUUUUACCUCCCCAGGAAGGUGAAGAGGAAGAAGAGGAAGAGGAUGAAGAAGAGGAAGAAGGUGAAGAAGGCCAAGUGAGAUUUAAAAAAGAAAAAAAAAUCAAGCUUGAGUGGCACUGUUUAGAAGGUUUCCAUGCCAAUGUGCAGAAAUUAAAUGUCGAAUUUAAUGAAAAUCGAGGACUGAAACCAAUAAAAGUUAUGGUUACCGGCCCACCAGCGUCAGGAAAAAGCCAUUUUUCCAAAAAAUUGGCAAAAUUUUAUAACGUGCCGUGGAUACAUGUCGGGAGUGUAGUCAAUGAGUUGAUAAACAUGCCAGGCGAAUUCGGAGAUGAAGUAAGAAAAGAGCUUGAAGAAAUCAAAGAAACAAUGCUAGAUGAGCUAGAGCAAAAUAAAAAAGAAGACGAAGUGAUUGACCCAAAUUCUGUAAAACCAAGAAUUCCUGAUAAAACUUUGAUAAAAGGAUUUAAACUAAUAUUGAAAAAAAAUCCAUGCAGGAAUAGGGGCUAUGUGCUUGAUGGGUGGCCUAAAAAUUAUGAACAAACUUGGAAACUUUUUAAGAUAAAACCUCCGCCCAAAGAAGGAGAAGAGGAAGAAGAGGAAGAUGAAGAAAAUCCUGAUGCUUCUAAACUAGUAGUGGAUACGUCAAUUUAUGCUGAAUCUCUGAUCCUUUUUCAGGGUUCUGAUGAUUUCUUGAUAAAUCGUGUAAAAGCUCUUCCAGAGUCCGCGAUUGAAAAUACGCAUUAUACCAAUGUUGAUAUGAAUAGGAGGUUAAAGGAUUAUCGAGUUUCUAAUGAAGAUCCAUCUGGAAACCUGGCCGUAAAAGAUUUUUUUAUUGAAAACUCAACUGAUAUUUUCCCUAUAGAUUGCAGUACCUCAGAAAACGAUACCUUUGAAAGCAUGAAAAUUUAUAUUGAGAGGUUUGGAAGGCCUUUUAACUAUCAAACUCAUCAAGAAGAAGCAGAAAAUAAAAGAAUUAAAGAAAUCGAAGAAAAUAUUGCUGCAAAGAAUAAGAAAAAGGCAGAGCAAGAAAAGCGUGAAGAAGCUUUAGAGAUUGACGCUAGAAAAAAAAGAGAAAAGCAAGCUAAAGAAACAGUGGACAAAAUGCAUUCAGAUGAAAGACAAUUAUUAGAAGAAAGAGCACAGCCUUUGAAAAACUAUUUACUAGAUAAUUUGCAUGAAGUAUUAGCCAAAGGACUAAUAAAAGUCUGCAAAAAGGAAAGAGCUGACCCUAUUGAUUAUUUAGCAAAAUACCUCUUCAAGCACGGCGACGAAGUUCCCCAUCCCGAUCCAUCUCUUUAUUAA